GGGAUUAUGAGGAUUACAAAUAGUUCCAAGAAAUAAACUACAACGAUCUUCGAACUUCAUCAAAAACAAGCGUUAUCUCUUGGCCGAUUCUUCUGUGAAGCUCCAGUAAUGUCUGAUACCAAAGACGUCCACUCCCCCCUUCUCACUCCGGGGUCGAGGACAUCCGUUCCUCAGUUAGGAUCACCCUCGGUACCUAAACCAUCUAAAGCCCCCAACUCACCUCAGAAAUCUAACCCGACAAACCCCACGCCGACGGAUCCGGCACCCAUCAAGACAGUCACAAAUCUAUCCUGGGGAGCACCAGCAGGUCUCGCCAUCCGUGGUCCCAACGACGAAAAUCUGUUAAUAUUCAGAAAGGCUUUAGGCAUAAAUUACCACCGCGAAGCUACUGACAGCGGUACCCUUGAAGAAGGACGAAAAUCCGCCAUCGGAAUAUACAAAUCCGUCAUUGAAUCCCAACAAACCAAAGGCAUCCAACAUGCCUUACUGACUGCCUUUCUCUACCUUUGUUACUUUGCCCAGAUCGUCAUCGGUGCAGCACUGACAGCCGUUGGUCCUAACUCUGGACGAUAUGAAACACUCAUCACGAUUCUCGGUGCCAUCAACACAAUACUAGCAGGUGUCCUGGCUCUCAUCAAGGGUUCGGGACAACCUCAGAGGAUGGAGAAGGAUCGUGUUGGAUUUAGAAGAUUACAAGAUUGGAUUGAAGAGACUGAGGCUCUGCUAGCGGUGGGGGUCAUUGGUCGCAAUAGGAAGGAAGUUGGACUACUUGUCGAAAGCGCGUUCAAGCGUUACAAUGCGGCGAAGAUGAGCGUAGAGAAUAACAGCCCGGACUUUUACGUCAACCAGCCCGAAUCAAACGACGACUCGAUGGAUGCGGCCGGAAAACCACUGAAGCCGACCGGGCCUUAGGCGAAGCAUCGGCGCUUCUGGAUAGAGAUACAGUCGCUUGCUUG